AUGGGUCCGGUUGCCGGUUUACUGUUGGCGUGCCUGGUCUCCCCGGCAUUUGCCAAGCCGGGGAUCUUGUCCGGGCCCCUGAUCGCCACUUUGACCCCGGCGGCGCCCGUUGGGCCCGACGGCCGUGUGCUGGACACGCCGGAGGUGGCCGUCGCCAAGGCGGAGCACGCGGCCGCUCAUCUCAACGAGAGAUUGAAGCUGGCCGACGAGGCGGCCAGAUCGGGUGGAGGAGGCCCGUCGUCCCAGGCGACAGUCACGCUCAAACAGUCCUCCCUGUUGGUAGCUGCCCCGAGCGUUCUGGUACCGGGAGCGCCUCUCGGUCCUGACGGAAGGGUGGUCGACACGCCUGAGGUAGCCGUGGCGAAGGCGGCCCACGCCGCGGCUCAGGCGCACGAGAGGCUGAAUUUGGCCAACGAGGCAGCUAGGUCGGUCGCUGCGGAUCUCAACAGACCGCUGGUACCUCUGGUCACCAACGGGAUAGUGGCUCCGGCAGUGAUCCAGGCGGCAACGGUAGGCCCCGAUGGAAGAGUGCAGGACACACCGGAAGUGGCUGCGGCGAAGGCGGCUCACGCGGCAGCCCAAUUCAACGAGAGGAUCAACCUGGCGAACGAGGCGGCCAGAUCAUCGGGGACGAUAGUGACGGCUGCCCCGGCAGUCGCGGUACCCCUUGUGGCCAGCAACGCCGUUGUGGUGCCCGCUGCGCCCAUCGGCCCUGACGGCAGGGUGCAAGACACCCAGGAAGUGGCUGUGGCGAAAGCAGCCCACGCGAACGCUCAUCUGAACGAGAAACUGAACCUGGCCAACGAGGCAGCCAAGUCUGCCGACGUCCUUGCUGUUGCUGGCCCCGCGCUCGCCUAUGGACGCCUCGUCUAUUGA